UUGGAGGAGGUGGUGGUUGGAUUGGACCAGGGGGUUGUUUGGCAAGGGGGCAGAUGGGUGUCCUUCGGAUCGAGGAAGUCGCAUCGAGUGGGCUUGAAGAUGUUUGGAGCAGGAGUGGCGUUCAAAAAGCAACAGACAUAUCAAAAGGUGGAUUCAACUCAAGUGGAUUCAUUGCAUAUGGUUAAGAGAGUGUCUCAUACAGAGCUGAUGUUGAGACUGACGGCGACAUGGAAAGACUCCGGAGAGCUGCACGAGGCGUGCCAAGAGAGGCUGCGGGACAAUCUGCGUUUGAUGGAGAGUGAGCCCGCUGAGCUGACGGCACUCUUCCACGAGCUGUCAGUGCGUCUCCUCUCCAUCCACAGCGACUCAGACUCUAUAGCCAUCACGUUCAACACAGCAGAGGAACUCGGGAAAUUCACAAAUUACUACUCCCUGGGGCUCGUGAGUGAGUGCCUGAAAAUUGCUCUGUUGAGCGACGCUGUCUGGCUUAUGGAUCCCUCUGAAGACCAAGUGACGGUACAAAUUGACAUGAACGAUGAGAGCAUGAGGAAGAUGCACCUCAGCCUUCUGCUUCAGGAAGGUAGGUUUCACGUGCGUGCUUGGAAGUCGUCCGCGAAUGCGUCGGGGGAGGAGUUGGCAUUGGCGGAGGGAGAGGUGCUCCUGGUGGAGCGAGCGCAGGGCACGGGGGCGUGGUGGACGGGGCGAGCCGUCUCCUCCACCAAGCAGGGCCUCAUCCCGAGGUCGGCGGUGGAGCCACUGCAGCACUUUCACCAGUGGUUCUUGAAAAGUAAUUCAAUCUCAGACUGUCUCAAGCACAAGCCAUCAUUGUCAGAAAAUGGCAAAAUGGGGACGGGGUCAUGUGUGGCAACCACAGACUACAAGGCGGAGUGUGGAGAUGAGCUGAGCUUUAAGCAGGGCGACCACAUUGAGGUGGAGGGCCUGUUCAUCCCGGGCUUGCAUUGGUUCAUGGGAAAGGUCACUUCUACAGAGCGAGUGGGCUUUGUUCGGAUGAGCUGUGUACGGCCCGACCAAAUCACAGACACGUCAGUACUGAAAGGUGCCUUUCUUCACAGAUCGGAGAGGUUUCAUCGCAGUGGCCUGGAUGAUUGCACAGCGCAGCAUUGUUACGAAUUCCUGUCACGGUUGACCGGAACUGACAUCAGCACAGUCUACAGGAUAUAUCAAGAAUCUCAUUCUGAUGUAGGAACAGACCUCAACAAACCAGAUCCUGUUGUCAAAAGCAUGAGAUCUUGCAGUCAAGAUACAAAGGAAUCAUUUGAAUUCGAAACAAUCUUCAAACUUGGUCUCAAUGACCACGUUUUGGAGAAUACUUUUCCCCACGAGAAAUUCAAAGAUGCAAGUGUGGCAGAGGAGUCUCAACUUUGGUUCUCAGUGGAACUUACAAAAUGCGGUGACGAUUCAGACAACGAAAAUUGGUCGACAAACAGUGAGAGCCUAAUCCAAUUCCUCCUGUUUCUAAAUACGCCCGAGUACAGGAGAGAGUUUGCAGUGCUCUACAGGGAAGACAUCCCUUUCCUUUACUCACUGUUGAGAGGUCACACCGAUGACAUGGAGUUGGUGCGCUUUCUUGAGCUUGCCCGUGAGAUGGCCAAGAAGGGAGGCAUGCAGUGGGCUCAGAGCCGAGCCUGCUUCCUCUUGGGCCGAGCUUGCUCCAGGCAAGGAAAGUUCUCCCAAGCCCGCGUCUACUACGAGGAGUCACUUAGCAUGACAGAUGGAGAUUUCCCGGAUAUGUGUCUCAUGGCUGCACUCUACACAAACCUGACCUCAAUGUACCUCAAAGUGAUGAACAAAGAAAAGGCGACAGCGAUGAUGGAAAAGACGGCAAUUCUCCUGGUAAGCCUCCCAGGAAAAUGCAUUGGGUCAUCUUCAGCGCAGGACAUCCUCAAACACCUUCUCAGCAAAGUGAUCUUUCAGAAUGACUUGCGCUUGGAAGGAAGGAUCUGUUUUCUCAUCGCCGAAUCUUUGCUCAACCUGAAUAGAGCUGACGAGGCACUGCCUUACAUAGAACGACUUCAAGAUCUUACAAAUCAUUUCCAGCAGUUGAGCAAUACAUACACCUCAUCGUAUUACUUUCUCCUCAACCGUUUGUACGCCACAAGCUUCCAGAGGCUAUCUUUUGGCAGCAUGAUGCGUGCCUGCGACUGUGACCAGAUGACAAUCACUGAGUGCAUCAGAUGUGUGGAACUGAUUGUGAAAAGCGAGGGAACGAUACAGAACAGACAGUCGCGUCGCACCACAAUGUCACCGCUGUGCGCGCCGUUCCUUUACAAGGCUCUGCAAAAGCCCCUUGAGGAAGAACACAAAUGUCUUCACAAUUCUGUUCACAAUUACGCCCAUCUCAGUCUCGCUGAACUCUACCUGCAACAGCACAAAGUUAACGACGCCAUGUGUCACCUCACAAAGUCAAUGCGGUCAGAGCGGUCUCUUCAGCAGGAGAAGGCAGCAGCGGCGUUCUUCCUCAAACUCGCCUGGAUGUACAUCAGGGUUGACUGUCUCUCCGUUGCUACACAAAUCCUCGAAAAUCCAGAACUUGGCUGCCAAUCCGCUGGCGUCGUACACAAUCUCCUGGGCAUAGUGCAUGCAAGACAUCACAACAUACCUAAGGCUGCAACACAUUUCCAAAGUGCCUUAGCGGUGGCUCAGAGUUGUGGUGACGAAAUAAAUGUGGCCAUCUGCUAUGGAAACUUGGGGUUCCUUGCAGUCAACGCCAAGGCUCAUCUCUUUGCUGAAGUUUGCUUUUUAAAGGCUGUACACAAAUACUUCGCAGCAAGUAACCGUGACCAUGAAGAGUGGUUUAAUGAAGUUCUUGUCAAACUGGGACAAAAUUUCUACACUCGAGGAAGUCCCAGUGAGGGAUUACAGUGUUACGAAAUGGCACUUCUCAUCGCGUUGAAAGAAAAUGAUGUCAGAGGUCAGAUGCAUGUGACUGCACUCCUUUGCCAGCAGUAUUCAUCCCAAAAGAAUGACCUGCAAUGCAUCAUCUAUUAUGAACAUCAGCUCAACUUGGCUCGCAGCUCUCGUGACAAGCGGCUGGAGGGUGACACGCUCCAAAUCCUGAGUCAGAUAUACCACGGAUUGGGAAAAUUCAGGGAUUACAGAAAGGCUGUGAAGUACGUGAAACGCAGCCUGGCCAUUUUCAUUGACCUUCGCGAAAUGGAAAGGACAGCUGAGGCAUGGCUGCUGGCAGGGACCAUCUACAGCAAACUUGGCCAGAAUGAAAUUGUGGACCUGCAUCUACAGAUGGCAGUGGAGGUUGCCCUAACCCUGGGACAGGUUGAGUGUGCCUUGCAUGUCUACGAAGCUGCUGGAGAUGUGUUCUUCAACAGCAACAGGGAACCAGAAAAAGCCGUUGGUUUCUAUGAGGACCACGCUCUGCCACUUGCCAGACACCUCGGAGACAAGCGGAGAGAGUUAAGGCUUUGCCACAAGCUGUCAGAGCUGCAUUGCCAGCUGGGAAAUCCUCAUCAAGUCAUGAUGCAUAGCACCGACGCUCUGCAGUUAAGCGUGGAGCUUGGCGCGCUUCCAGCUGGCCGAGCAUCACUUUCUGCGUGCGCUGUCGCUGUGCACCUCGUGCCGGCUCUCCCACGACGAGCUCUACUACUGCAUGCACGGCUGCCUAAGGCUCGGAGACUUGGCCUCCGACAAGCUCAUGACCACAGAAGAUGCCCUUGUCUAUUACAACAUGGCCCUGCUGGCAGCGCUGGAGCUGGGCAACAAGCAGCUGCAGCUGAGGCUGUACGAGCGCCUGGCAUCCGUCUACCACAAUCAGGUGUUGGACCGGGUGCGCUCACUGCAUCUGUACCAGCAGGCGCGAGCCCUGGCCAACGAGCUCAACGUCAAGCGCAUCAAUCUGAGCCGGAAGCCAACAGCGUCCAUGCGAUCAAAGCAACGCUUCUAGAGCCGUCACAGGCCAUGAUACACUGGGGUAAAAGAGUCGAGGUGCAGCGCAGCAAUGGCUUGCUCAUGAUGCUGCUGGCAGAAGGGGCUUCACUAGAGGGAAGUCUAGAAAGCCCCGCGAGAGGGUAUUUGGCCUACUCUUCCAUGCUGACCAGACGUCUUGGAAGAGGUGGGAGUACUCGCACCUCCGAUUAGCCCCCGCACCUUCGCUUAACGUACAUAUCUACCCACACUAUACCCAAACCACACACAAUCUGCCGAUCAAAUGUGGGGGAUCCAUUUAUACUUUUGGUUGGACAGAGGCAGGGGGAUCAAACCGACAACCUCCGUAGUUUAAGUCCAGUGCGCUAACACAACUUUGGUAACGUUACCAAAUUUCUGUAAGGCUCAGCCGGAAACACGGGGAGCUUGCGGCUCCUCGCUCGGUCAGCUCCACCCGUGUCUACAUAUCCACGCCUACUCCAUCGCCAUGAACCCCGCCCACACAGUGAGAGGGCCUCCCUCGUGCUUUUGACAUUGGCCCCAUUUACUACCUCUUAUCAACCCCACCCACUGCUCAUGUAGCCCCACCCUAUGCCCCCGUAUC